GGGGACGUGAGAGAGAGGGAAGGCUGAGGCAGAGCACGAGCAUCUCUCGCUCAGGCUGUCAGAGCUCAAGCGCACAGAGAGCACAAGGAAGAGAAGCAGCAUUUACUCAUCAUUAGGAAAUCCAUCUCAAUAAACCCUUAUUAGCAGGAAGUUUUACAGAAUAGUGAUUCAGGAGGUCCAUCUCCAUAAACACCUGAGCAGCUCUUUAUCAAUCUCCACCAAGGUUUAACCUUCACCAGUCGCAGCUAUGAACUUCCUGCGCCGUCGCCUUUCUGACAGCAGCUUCAUUGCCAACCUUCCCAAUGGCUACAUGACUGAUCUACAAAGGCCUGAUCCUCCUCCACCUCCUCCACCCAGCGCCGGCUCUCAGCAGGCCCCAUCCUCUUCUCCUGCUCCUGCUACAGCCACCGUUCCUCCUCCUGCUGCUCCGUCUGUCUCCCCAGCCCCUGAGCGCCGGCCCCAGGCUGCUCCAUCCAGCUCUGGCUUCUUCAGCUCUAUCACCAAUGUGGUGAAGCAGACGGCAGCCUCAGCGGGACUGGUCGAGCAAAGCGUUGCACAAUCUUCCAAGAAGUUAAAGGUGCUCCUGGUGAUUGAUGAGCCACAGAAUGAAUGGGCAAAACUGUUCCGUGGGAAAAAGGUCCAGGGAGAAUAUGAUAUCCGAGUGGAACAAGCUGAAUUCUCUGAGAUCAACCUCGUUGCACAUACGAAUGGAACAUGCAGCGUGGACAUGCAAGUCAUCAGGAAUGGGACCAAAGUUGUUCGAUCAUUCAAGCCUGACUUUGUACUGGUCCGACAGCAUGCUUUCAGCAUGGCCCAGAAUGAGGACUUUCGUAAUCUGAUCAUCGGCCUGCAGUAUGCUGGGAUUCCCAGUGUGAAUUCACUCGAGUCUAUUUACAACCUUUGUGACAAGCCAUGGGCGUUUGCUCAGUUGAUAAGCACUUAUAAGAAGCUUGGACCUGAAAAAUUUCCUCUUAUUGAGCAAACAUUCUAUCCAAACUACAAGGACAUGAUCUCUAUGCCAACAUUCCCGGUGGUGGUGAAGAUCGGACAUGCCCACUCUGGCAUGGGAAAGGUUAAAGUUGACAAUCACAGCGAUUUCCAAGACAUUGCCAGUGUGGUGGCCAUCACUCAGACCUACACGACUACAGAACCUUUCAUUGACGCCAAGUAUGACAUCAGGGUCCAGAAAAUAGGCACCGACUACAAAGCUUAUAUGAGAACAUCCAUCUCUGGCAACUGGAAAUCAAACACUGGCUCUGCCAUGCUGGAACAAGUAGCCAUGACAGACAAAUACAAGAUGUGGGUUGACAUUUGUUCAGAAAUAUUUGGAGGUCUGGAUGUCUGUGCUGUAAAAGCCAUUCAUGGAAAGGAUGGAAAAGACUACAUUACUGAGGUUGUGGGCUCCUCCAUGCCUCUCAUUGGAGACCACCAAGCAGAAGACAGGCAGAUGAUAGCUGACGUUGUCCUGGCUAAGAUGAACCAAAUAGCAACUCGGGCACCAACUCGAACUCAACAGCGGAUUCCAGCUGCUGUCCAGCAACCACAGAGCUCUGCUGUAAAGGAAGGCCUGGCUGACCACAGCAAGCCUCUUUCCCAGCGUGUCCCUCCUCAAGGAGCCCCAGCAAAGCCCAAAGAGUCACAACCCAAGACUCAAGAGCCUACGACCACUUCAGUGUCUAGCGCUCCAGCCCCAGACCCUAUCUCAAAACCAACUCCAUCCCCAGCUCCUCCACCCACAACCCAGCAGCCCAAAGCCCACCCUCAAGCAUCACCCACUCCAGCACCUGGAAAACCAACAGAUUUACCCCCAAAGCCCCAGGUUCCAAAACCUCUUCCUCCAAAGCCUGUGCCUCCAGUGCGCAGAAACUCCAAGCCACAGCUCCAGCCCAAGCCCCAGACCCCACCUUCAGCAAAGGCCCAGGCUAAAGUCCAGCCUGAACCAGCAGAUCAGGGUCAAAUCCAGACCGAUUCAGCUCCAGCACAUGUUCAAGCCUCACCCAAAGCACCACCUAAAAACCAGUCUCCCACUAAACCACAGGUCCAAACAAAGCCUGUGCCUAAAGAGCAAGCCCAGGUUGAGGCUCCGGUUCAGAAUGUUGCCCCGUCUGAUGCGACACCCUCGGCCCCUGCACCCUCUGCUGUAGAGGAACAGCCUGCACCACAACAGAAGUCAUCACAUCCUUUCUUAAAUAAAUCCCAGUCACUGACCAAUGCCUUUAAUGCCUUUGGUGACACCUUCCGUUCCAGCAAUGAGGAUGAAGCCAAGGCUGAGACCAUUCGAAACCUGAGGAAGUCUUUUGCCAGCUUGUUCUCUGACUAGUGACAAGUUUGUGGUUGAGAAUUUGUUGGCUAUGGACUUUGAAAUUGACAAAAAGCGUAUCCUGGUCCGAGGUUAAGUCUGUGUAGCUGUAAUACAUUGUACCCUCCUCCCAACUCUGCUGUAAAUGUUCGAAAGUCAAUAAGAAAGUAGAGUGUGAUGUACAGUUAUUGUUUUGGCAAGCUGUUCUGUGAGAUUUGCUCUGGAUGGAAACAUUUGCCAUAUGUAUAAGGAGGAGGCCGGCAAUGUUCAGAUGCGUGGUUUUGGGUAAAUAGACGUCUAAGGCGGUCAAGAGAGAGGGGCCUGAUGUGUGCUGACGUUGUCUGUUGUAAUACCCCUUGAUGUUGUAGCCUUAUUGUGGAAGUGUAUUUCAGUUGCCCAAAGAUAAAAUAUCUGUGAGUAGUACCCCCUUGUCCCUCCCAUGCAGUGUGUAUAUCUAGUUGAUCUGUUGUAAUAUGAAAUAGUUCAACAAUACCUCGACAGGACCUUUAUACAAGCACUUUCCGAUCCAAGUUUCCGACAGUAUGCAGUGCUUGGACGGGUCUGAUUUUAAUGCAGUAGUGACGUUUCAGUGGAAUGCCUGAUGUUUUUGGUGUGGCUUGGGUUCCUCACGUAUCAACAUGUUAAAUUAAUCAUGAGUGCCAUGUAGAAUCCUUACAUAUCGUAUUGUACUGUAUGUUCAGCAUCUCAGGAGGUUAAUUUAUUUCUGGUGUCAUAUAUUGUUCAUGUUGUGUUUUCUUUGGUCUGAGUGUUACUGCUUUGCAUGACUCUGUGACAGUUGUUUUUUCUGUACAGGUGUCAAUAAAUAUGUGGCACUUCAUUCCACUAAUUCACUGUUAUUCAGUAUGUGCAUGUUCUUUAUUUUGGAUUGGGUAAGAUAGUUUUAUUGCCAUUGCAACUUUAUGUUCAAUGGGAGGCAUGUUUGGUAUUCAAGUGUCAACAUCACCAAUAAGAAAUGUAUUCCAAAUAACCAAUUGUAUGUACUGUACUAAGUAAAAUGCUAGUGUGAAGCAAAUCUAAUCACUAUUUAUUCCACAUUCCACGUCCUACACUUUUCCCCUUAAGCACAUUACAAUCAUGUCUGCCCUUGAGGUACAAAACGGGUACCUGGCAACCAAAAGAAAACAUUAAAAAAGACCAUCCAUCUCAUAUAAAAUUCACCAUAAAAGUAACAGUUUCUAAUAACAAACUAUGAAAUAAGGUUAAUAAAAGCCAUAUGGGUUGAUUAUAUCAUGUGUAUAUCAGUAGUUUGAUUGAUGGCAAAUAAAAGUCAAAUUUAGAUCUUUUUAUGGGUGAUAAAACCUUUCAUCAAUUUUCAGUAAUCACUUAGUACUUGUCAGGUGUGUUGUGGGCAACACUAGGUGCAAGGCUCGAGAAUUUACCCUGGAUGGAACUAAUACACAUACCCACAUGUUUGGAGGAAAUCAGAUGACCUACAUAGAGACAGUACAGUAACUUGAGUCCGGAACCAUGGAGCUUUUUUAUCUUCUUUUAAUUUUUAAAAACUAAGAACUUAUUUAUUUAUAAAACUUACUUACUUAUAAAUUUUAAAUCUUCCGGGCCACAGAGUUUACUUUUGCUUUUGCACUUCCAGUUCUACAGAUAUGUAAAUCACACUCACGUCCCAAAGUAUCCUCAGUUUCUCACUGAAUACCAAGCCGUUUAUUUUGCUACUGUAUGCAUCGUCCCGUGCCGUUGUGCUUUACCCCUUUUCGUGGAUUUAUCACUUGUUACUGUUUUUGCACUUAUCAGAUUUGUUCGCUACGUGGUCCGUAUCUUUGGUACUGGACUUCGUGUGUUUUUUGUCUGCUCUUUGCAUUGCUGUUUUGGACAUGUUUGCCUGUGUUUAUCAAAAUAAACGGCACUUAUACAUCACUUGAAUGGAUCCUGCUACCCAAACCUUACAGGAUACUUCGCUUAUUAUGUAUCCAGCGGGUGUACUGUAGCCCAACUCUAGGCUAUCAUGGUUCAACAGGGACAGGGAUUCACAGCCUUCUAGGAGCAACUGACAGCUCUCUAAUCCACAAACAGCCAACUACUCAAGGCUCUUUCUAACAUCACAGCUUCUGGGAGUAUAAUAGUGCCAGAGGUAUUCUUUACUCAACAAUCAAGUUCCUCAGAUUUGCAAACUUUGACCAUGGAUGUAAGGCGAUGCAUUGACACCUGUUGUGUUUGUGCCCAGGCACACAUUUCUUGUUAAUUGCCUGCUUUUUGGAACAGCUUCAGGUGCCAUUACUCCCUUGGGUUCACAUAGUCACUGACCUCCCCAGUUACAUCAGUUUCACCACCAUCCUGGUGGCUGUGGAUAGGUUCUUGAAAACUUGCCCUUUUGAACGACCUUCCCAUGGCAAAGGAAACUGCCACGGCUCUGUUCGAGCAUAUGUUUCAGUCUUCUGGCUACCCAGAGGAUAUUUUCUCAGAUGCGGGUGGAGUACAUGUCAAAUUCAUGUCACUGAAUUCCUCCAGAAAGCAGACGCUCUCAUCCACCUUACUAACCACAACAGAUGGUCUGGAUCUCCACAAAAAAAUUACCCCUCAAUCUACCCUGCCGCAAGCAUAACCCCAGGUAUAUUGAACCUUUUGAAAAACUCAGUAACCUACCAACUAUCAGCUAACUACUGCAUUGGUUCAUCUUUUCAUGCUUCCCACCUCAAAACGGUUUACACCAGCAUCACCACCGGCAGAAGGUGAUGGAUCCCCAGCAUACCUACUCUGUUCAAUAAUCAACUCUCGGAGAACAGGUCACCUACAAUACCUUGUGGAAUGUGAGGGGUAUGGCCCAGAGGAACAAUAAACCAUUAUUUAAAGCAUUAUUCAAUGUGCUGUAAUUUCCACUCAAACAGGAAUUCAGGGCAGGACAUAAUGAGUUGCCCCUCCCCUUUUUUUAAAUAGCCAAUAGCAUUUACAUUACCUAAUAGUCAUAAGCUAUGCUGGACUGUUUGUUGGGGGAAGGACACUUCAGCAAAAAUUUGAUUGGGCAGGAAAUCUAAUGAGAUGCUGAAAUGCAGAAUAAUCUGAGAAUUGUUUAUCUAUAUUGGUGAUUGACUGUAAAUUUUGAAUUCAUAUAUUUUCUAAAUGCGAUUUUGUCACUAUUUUGGAGCAUGCUAGGUUAUGGAUAACAUGAAGGCUAACAUAUUCAUACAUACAGCCAAAAAACUUCAAAUUUGAUUUCAUGGGGACUUUUUUAGAACAACUACUAUUUAUUUCAUUAUAUAAUUUUACAAAAUAUAUUGUAAAGUGUGAAAUAUAAUUACCAAAAUUUUCUACUGUUGAUAUGCUGGGAACAAAAAGGUUUUCUUUUCAAAUUUGGACAUGCCAGAAGCAUUAUUAAAAAAAGACAUUUGGCAUGUGUUCAACACCCUCAGGCAGUUAUAAUAAUAAAUUGGAACAGAUGCCAGCUUAUGUUGUAAAAACAUAUUUAACAAUACUGAUAUAGUCUUGCAGAAAGUAUAUCAUAAAUAAUUUGUGGCUGUGGUAUGGCUUCAGUAGCGCUGCUAUCUCACAGCUCCAGGGUUCAGUACUGAGCUCUGAUUACUUUCUCAUUUUCUCCUUAUGUUUGCAUGAGGUUCCUCUGGUUUGUCUGGUUUCCUCCAAGUGUCUAAACACAAGUAGGUGGGGUUAUUCUAAAUUGCCCCAAGUAUGAAUAAUUGUGUGCAUGGUAGAAUGCUGUGGAAUGGAAUCCCAUCUCACACCUUGAGCCCAGGAUUCCCUGAAUAAGACACAACUUAACCAUGACCAUAAAAAAUGUGUUAUAGAAAACAUCAACCAUCUUAUAGCUGUAAGUUGUGUUACUGUAACACUGAAAAUGUAUUAUGUAUGCAAUGUGGUCAGUUCUCGUCAUAAAUAAAGUGGACCAAAUUCUGAA